AUGGCCACAGAGCAGGCAAGGGGCUAUCCAGGCUCCGGCCCAGCCCCCGGCCCCCAGGAGCCCCCUGCGGGUGUGGUGGCUCCCGGGGGUGGUGCCGAGGGGCCAGACUUGACCAGGAGGAGGAGCAAGAAGGAGAGGGGGCACCGAGGGUCCCGGAAGGGCACUGGCGGCCGUGGGGAGCAGACCCCCGUCCUGGGCCCUGAGGGCCUGGGCAGCAGCAAGAUGCCCCCUAGGCCUGGGGAGGGGCAGGAGGAGUUGCCCCCUGCAGCCACUAGGCCUGCUCCUCCUCGCCGCCAGUCCCGCCGGCACCGUUCUGACCCCCAGCACGAAGCUGCCCAGAGGAUGUACGGGCCCUUGCUCAACCGGGUCUUCGGGAAGGACCGUGAGCUGGGCCCUGAGGAGCUGGAUGAGCUGCAGGUGGCCUUCCAGGAGUUUGACACUGACCGGGACGGCUACAUAGGCUACCGGGAGCUGGGUGCCUGCAUGCGGACGCUGGGCUACAUGCCUGGCCAUUGUGACGCUCUGCCUGGGUCCACAGUGGGUGGUCGCGUGGACUUCGAGGAAUUCGUGGAACUGAUGGGCCCGAAGCUGCGGGAGGAAACGGCGCACAUGUUGGGAGUGCGGGAGCUGCGCAUCGCCUUUCGAGAGUUCGACAGGGACAGAGACGGACGGAUCACGGUGGCGGAGCUGCAGCAGGCAGCGCCUGCUCUGCUUGGGGAGCCCUCCUACGAAGGCCCUGUGCAAGGCCCGGCAGUCUCACUCCUGUGCGUUAAAUCCCAGCUCCUCUGCCUCCCAGCCGUGGCCCGAGCAAGCCCCUUCUCCUGCCUGAGCCUGCGUCCUCACGGGUGA